AUGUCUUUGUUCCCGUCCUUGUCCACCACGCUGUGCAGUCUGUUUGCCAGUGUGACACUCGUCUCUGCCGCAGCUCUACCAGACAAUGUCAUCGAAAGAGAUGUUGUCGUCCUGGGAGGAGGCGCGUCCGGCGCGCAUGCUGCCGUCAGACUACGUGAAGACUACGGGAAAAGUGUCAUUCUUGUCGAAAAGAAGGCCCAAUUGGGAGGACAUGUUGCGACCUACAUCGACCCGGACACCGAGGUGCCAUACGACUUUGGCGUGAACUCCUAUACGGAGUAUCCCGGCGCGGAAGACUUCUUCGCUCGCUUCAACGUCUCGUUGAGUCCUCCUACUCGCGUUCCUCUCACAACCACCUAUGCCGACUUCAACUCUGGCGAGUCCCAAGGCGGAUACGUCCUUCCUGCCGCUGCCGAUACGACUGCGGCUCUCCGAAAGUACCUUGAGGUCUGCGAAAAGUACGAGCACAUGAUCUUACCGUCAUAUGCGAACUUCCCCACAGCUGGCAAUGUCCCCGAAGACCUGGUACUUCCCUUUUCUGCCUUCGUCACCAAGUACGGCCUCGAGGCCGCUGUACCUCGCAUAUUCCAAGUCACUGGGCUUGGUAUGGGUGACAUGGCAGACAUCUCCACGUUGUAUGUGAUGCAGGCUUUUGGUGCUCCGAUCGCCCGAAGCUUUGUCGGCCUUGCGGGCUCAUGGGUUCCUACCUCUCGCCGGAACCAGGAGCUCUAUGACAACAUUGCUGCGCUUCUGGGCGAUGAUGUACUGUACUCGAGCACCGUUGUCGAGUCCCAACGCACCGAUGACGGCGUAACAUUGCGUGUGCGAACCCGUGGCUCGUCGCGCGACACAGUGAUCCGUGCCAAGCGUCUGCUUAUUUCCUUCGAGCCGACUAUCGCCAACCUCCGCGGCAUUGAACUCGACAAUGAGGAGCGCGGCGUCUUCUCUGAAUGGGAGUGGUCAACUGUCUACGUCGGCAUCGCGAAGCACUCAUCACUUCCCGUCAGCGGCUCUCUGACCAACACGCCUGCAGCCGCAGUUCCCAACCACUGGCUCGAGCUGCCUGCCAAUCCCUUUGUUGGUCGCUUUGACUACAUGGGCGGCGAAAACUUCCGCGUCCUGGUCACCGGCGAAGCCUCGACCGACAGCUGUGAGGCCCAGCGCAUGGUCAAGCGCGCCUUCCGGACCCUUGCCGAGGCCGAGACCAUCCCAGCAAUCGGUAACCAGACCCUGCAGCUCGCGGCGUGGUCUGACCACGGCGCCAUGCACCUCCAUGUCGCAUCUGAUACGCUGCGGGACGGAUUCAUCACCAGGAAGUACGCUCUACAAGGCCGUUCAUCCACUUUCUACACAGGUGGUGCCUGGUCUGCGCAGUUCACGACCAUUCUUUGGGAGUACAACAACCAGUACCUGCUUCCCAAGCUGCUUGCCAGCCUCGAGUGA